AAUUUAUAUAAUUGUCGCGGAAUGGAGUCGCAGACGCAGAAAUCCGUUCCGACAAAAUCAGUCGUGUGUGCCACCUUUUCGAUGUCACCUUUCUCUUCUGUAAGGUUCCGUAAGUAAGGGACCAUUCACGAUAGGGGCCUCCUUAUUCUCUCCUCUUUCUCACUCGCGCUCUCUCUCUCUCUCUCCUUUCAGCACGCUCACCUGGCAACCUGAGAGAGGCCUACCCGGACUCCGGACGGCCAUCUUGAGGCGCGCCGUGCAGUAUCGCGCUCCUCGUCUCUCUCCCGGGCAUUCUCCGCUCGUCCUUGCAGCCGGUCGCAUGCGCCGCGUGUGCAUCUCAUGCAGGUCUCGACGUGCCUCGACGCAGCCAGCGAGCAACGGAGAUCACGCCGGUAACGUUCGCGCAGCCUCCACCUGGCUCCUCCCUCGCGCAUUCUUCGAUAAGGCCCUGCGUCGGUGACGUCACCGGUAUCCUCGAUUCGGAAGGUUUUUUCCGCGAAAAGUGUCCGCCUCCGAAGAACGCACGUGCAGAGUGGAAAGAGGUGCCUGUGCCAAUCUUCAGCGACCCGUGAACGCGAGCCGAGACCAAAUGUCACGGACGAUGGGAAUACGAUCGUGCCAUCGUUGAUUAUUCGAGGAAUAUACACGCAGUAGGAUCGAAGAAACAGCCAGGAAACAACUUAAGAGGAUCCGUCCGGGACUGCGCUAUUAUUAUUGUGAGACCCAAGACCCGGAGUUCCACGAUUCUUCGAGAUAUCAUCGCGUCAGACCCCCGCGAAGGGAGAGCGUUUUUUAAAUCGCGAGAAAUCGUCGUGUAAUAUCGUCGUUUCGAAGCAGCGAAAGUACACGGGUUCUCUUUGUUCGCGCACGAGGAGAGAAUAAGAAUUUCCCCACCGCACGAAUGUGACCCGCGUGACUAGUGUGUCUUAUACACAUGGUGGUUCCAUUGUUGUCGAACAAUCGGACGGUAGUGAACAUAUAUACACGCUCCUUCAAGAUCAACGACCUUCUCGUCAGGUGUGAUAACUGUUCAGGUCAGCGCGAAGAAAGCUCUAUGUAGGAUUUUCUUCAGUUUCUUUUUUUUCUUUUCAAUUCACCGAUCUUUCUCUCGACCGUUCCGUUGUUGUACAGAACUACGGAAUUCCGCUGGAGUUAACGGUUGAAUGAUUUCGCGUGGAAAAAGGAGCGUUUUUUCGAUCACCGGCCUCGCGGUCGAGACAUCGAGUUUGUUGUUUGUCGCGUUGAUCGAUUAGUUGUGGUGACGAUUCAGCAGGAUGGGUUCGAAGAUCGAGUACGUCGAGUCCUCGCACAUGUACGCGACCAAUUACAUUCGUAAUUCCAAGGCGAUCGGCGUGCUGUGGGGUAUCUUCACCAUAUGCUACGCUAUCAUCGGCGUCGUCGCGUUCGUUACGCCGGAAUGGCUCGGCGAUUUGCAACACGAGAAUCCAGGAAGAUUCGGUCUGUGGACCAGAUGCAGCUACGGCGGUAAUGGUGAGUUAGGUGAGGAAUGUAUCGGCCGACUGGACGAUCUGUCGACAAUCGCCAACGUUCCCUUCCGAGCCAGCACUAUCCUAGUCGGUAUCGCGGUGCUGAUUGCGUUGCUGGCGAUCUGCGCGAUGCUGAUGUUCUUCUUCUGCCAAAGCACCACCGUCUUCUACAUGUGCGCCUGGAUGCAAGUGGUAUCAGCGAUUUGCAUGGCAGUCGGAGUGUGCAUCUAUCCUCUGGGUUGGGAUUCGCCUGUGAUUCGCGCCGUAUGCGGUGCAGCUGCAUCUAGAUACAAUCCUGGCGCCUGUGCCGUGAGAUGGGCGAUACCGCUGGCUGCAAUUGCGGCUUUGGACGCGGCUACCUUGUCGGCUCUUGCCUUCAUCCUGGCCUCCAGACACGUAAGGCUGCAACCGGAGCCUUUCAAUAACGGGUCCCUGUACAAAGGCGAAGUAAAUCCAGGCUACAUCAAUGAGGCACAGAGCGUAGCCGGAUCCCGCAAGUCCUUGUCUUUAAGACCGGUUCUCCUGGUGGCACCACCUGAACAGGACCGGUACAGCGAGCUCUCCAGGGCGAAGUCGCAUUCGCAUCAUAGUCUGUAUUCGCCGGCACCGUCGCAUCCGGUGCACACCAUGUCGACGAAUACUCUCAAUCAUUCGCAACAUAAUUUCCAGCUCUGAGAUAGUCAAUCGUCAAAAAAAGAACAAAACAAAGGUUAUUAAAUAAACCUGUAUAUAGUCUGCCAGAGAAAAGCAAUAUUGUACAUAAAAAAACAAAACAAUGGUGGAUAAUUUAUGCGCCGUGUCUUGAACGGAUUAUUCGCAACGUUAAGUAUUUUAUCAGGAAUAGAAUCUCUAAAUAAACAACGAAAUUAUGUAUAAGACAGAUACAAUGGUAGAAAUUGUUUCUCAGCCACUUAGCGUUCAUUGUUUGUGCCGUGAAUAUGACUACAUUGACAUAUAUAUAUGUAUUCUUCAUAUAUCUCAUCGAUAUGUUGUCUUUCUUAGGUUAUUCUUUUUACAUAUAUAUAUAUAUAUAUACACUUUAUAUAACUAUUAUAAAGUUUUAAUGAAGAUUAUAUAGAAGAUAUGUUAAAUACGA